AUGACCUUCAGCUUAUCGGCGACGAUGGAUGCGAGCCAGGAGUACAUGAUUCGGUUCGACGGCCACUUCGAGUUCGAGGACCCGUCGACCGCCGAGCCGCCGCCGCCUCCGUUCGCGGCCAGGGCGAUCUCGUCUGAGCAGGAGCAUACCGCCAUGGUCGCCGCGCUGCUGCACGUCAUCUCAGGGUACACCACGCCGGUGCCGGACUUCUUCUUCCCGGCGAGCAAGGAGGUGUGCACGGCGUGCGGGAUGGAUGGGUGCCUCGGGUGCGAGUUCUUCGGCGCGGGGGCCAGGCCGGCGAUCGCACCGAAGGCGACGGUGGGCGGGCCGCAGAGGAGGCGGAGAAACAAAAAGACCCAGUACCGCGGCAUCAGGCAGCGACCGUGGGGCAAGUGGGCGGCGGAGAUCCGCGACCCGCGCCGCGCCGUGCGGGUGUGGCUCGGGACCUUCGACACCGCCGAGGACGCCGCCAGGGCCUACGACCGCGCCGCCGUCGAGUUCCGCGGCCCGCGCGCCAAGCUCAACUUCCCCUUCCCCGAGCAGCAGCAGCAGCAGCAGCUGGGCGGCAGCGGCAAUGCCGCGGCCAAGUCAGACACGCGCUCGCCCUCGCCGUCGCCCAGCAGCGCGGACGGGGAGGAAACAGAGGAACGGCUCUGGGAUGGCUUGCAUGACUUGAUGAAGCUAGACAAGAGCGAGCUCUGCUUACUUUUUCCGGUGGGGGUCAACAACACCCUGGAAAUGUUUCCCGCGCCGGGAAAGAAACGACCCGUGGCCGAUCUAGCGGGUGUCAUGGCAAAUGUUUGCUAG